UGUUUACCCUGACUUGUCACAGAGUUUUGUGUUUCGUAUUACGUAUUAAAUGAUGAAUUAAUUAAAUAGUAACAUUUGUUUACAUCUUCGGUAUAUUUUAUUUAGUAUACAUGAAUAUUUAUACAAUUAUUAAGUCAGAGACCUCCGACUUUUAGUAUUACUUGAAAUCAUGGAUAAUUACAAUGAUCCUCUUAGUUUUACUAAACGAACAGCUACCCUACUGCAUGGUUUGGGUGCACCUGAAUUAAUACCAGAAUGCAAAAAAAGAAAUAUAUCAACUGACGUACUGCAUAAGCUCAGUACAAAGGAAUUUACAAUAUUAGGCAUCAGUCCUGAAAAGGGCGAAAAAAUAAAGAAUGCUUUAAACGUAAAGAAAGGAUUUGGCAUCCCUAUAGCAAAUGUUUCGGACAGGCUUCAACAUUGUCUUGAGAUAAUUAAGCAUGAAGAGCAACAUUUAUCUCUGAUACAAGCAUUUGUAGCAUACUGUAGAUUAAGGCUUGUAAAAGAGAGAAUUAAUAUAUUUGUUAAUCCCAACAAAUGUUUAAGUGCUUCUGAGAUAUUACCAAUUUCUGUUAAUGCAACAUUGAUAGAACUGGAAGAAGCAGAACAAAAUCUUUCUGAACUGGAAAAAUUCAUCCUAAAGCUCAGUCGCACUAAGAUGGACGGUGGAGCGUACGGCGGAGGAAAGGCAGGAGCCCCUUUCGACCCUAUUGCCUUCGUUCAAAGGCCUCAAGUCAUCUUAAGAGCAGUAAGCCUGCUCUUUGCAAUAAUUGUGUUUGGAUGUAUAAGCAACAAGGGGUACCAUAGUAAAGACGGAAAAGAGGUAUGCAUCUACAACGAAGACCACAACGCCUGUAAUUAUGGAAUAGGAAUUGGAGUACUUGCCUUCCUUGCCAGCAUUGGGUUUCUCGUCGGGGAAUACCUCUUUGAGCAGAUGUCCUCUGUUAAGACCAGGAAGCACUUCGUCCUUUUUGACUUGGGAUUUUCAGGUUUCUGGGCAUUCCUUUACUUCGUCGGAUUCUGUUACUUAACCAACGCUUGGAACAAUUCAAACACACCGCCUAAUCACUAUGGAGUGAACAAUGCUCAAAGCGCUAUCGCCUUUUCCUUCUUCUCCAUUUUUACCUGGGCCGCCUGUGCUUGGUUCGCCUUCCAAAGAUUCAAACAAGGAACCGACGCCGCUUUCGCGCCCAGCUAUGAGGCAGAUCCUGUCGGUGGAACAGGAUAUACAAGCUACCCCGACGCGAAUGAUACCGGCUACCAAGAUCCACCUUUUGGCCAACAGCAGCAGCAGCAGCAGCAACAGCAGCAACAGCAACGGAUGCCUGAUUUCCAAGCUCCGGCUUACUAACCCCUUCAGACAUAAUCUAACACUAUCGACACAACGCAAGAAACAAUAGAAAAAAGAAGACAGAGGCUCCGCGUGAUACUCUACGAUCAUUCGAUAGGUCAUUGAGCAAUGUCGAUAGAGUAAGUUUUCAUAGUAAGACAACUAUAGUGAAUGAAAGGGAAACGGAAAUGGGCAAAGGAGACGGGCGAGGGAGGAGAUAGAGGAAGCAGGGCUAGUAGGAGUGAAAAAGGAGAGAAAGAGCGAAUGCGAGAGCGAGUGUAUGCGUAUGUAUGCGUAUGAAAGAGUAUAAUGAAUGUUUGGGUAUAUGUACGAAAGAC